AUGGCAUCAGUGGGAGAGAAAUUGAUGAAGCGUUUGGUCCAACUUGGUGCCACAGUGGCGAUUGGUGCGGGAGUGGUAUCAAAGGCAUUGUAUAAUGUUGACGGCGGACAGCGAGCCGUAAUCUUCGAUCGCUUCACUGGGGUGAAACCUGACAUUAUUGGCGAAGGGACACAUGUGAUCAUUCCCGGAAUCCAAAAACCAAUCAUUUUUGAUAUUCGAUCAACUCCAAGAACUGUCUCUACGAUUACAGGAAGUAAAGACUUGCAAAAUGUGCAAAUAACGUUGAGGAUUUUGCAUCGACCCGAACCAAGCAAGUUACCGAGCAUAUAUUUGAACAUUGGACGUGACUACGCAGAAAGAGUGCUACCUUCGAUUACAAAUGAAGUUUUGAAAGCUGUCGUUGCUCAGUUCGACGCACACGAAAUGAUCACACAGCGAGAAAGUGUCAGUCAUAGAGUUUCUCUUGAAUUAUCAGAGAGAGCGAAGCAGUUUGGCAUUUUAUUAGAUGACAUUGCUAUUACGCAUCUCUCUUUCGGGCGGGAAUUUACAGAUGCUGUCGAGAUGAAACAGGUGGCUCAGCAAGACGCUGAAAAAGCUCGUUAUCUUGUCGAAACAGCAGAACAGAUGAAAAUUGCAGCUAUAACGACUGCAGAAGGUGAUGCACAGGCAGCGAAGCUUCUAGCUCAGGCUUUCAAAGAAGCUGGUGAUGGUUUAAUUGAAUUACGGAAAAUUGAAGCUGCGGAAGAAAUAGCUGAAAGGAUGGCAAAGUCUCGAAAUGUUGUGUAUUUGCCGAGUAACCAAAAUGUACUCCUCAAUAUGCCAGCAGUAUAG